UCUCAGACAAGGUGUAGUAUUCCGCUUCCGCCAGCAGAGGGCGCCCUCGCGUCAGACCAGGAAGUGUCGUUUGCUGCCACCUACAGGACGCUCGAUGCCACGCCCCAAAAAAAGGCCAAUUUUGACCUCUUGUUGCUGGGGUCAAAAAGAGGUCCCGACAGACAGGACUAUCAUCACAUGACACGUGCACGCUCACAGCUGCUCUACUUAAACGCUGCUCGCACAAGAGGGGGACCUCCGUGAAGACAUCAUAUUGCGAAGACAUCAACUGAAGACAUGGCCAGCAGGAAGACCAAGAAGAAAGAAGGCGGAGCCAAGCGGGCCCAGCGUGCGUCGUCUAAUGUGUUCUCCAUGUUUGAGCAGACUCAGAUCCAAGAGUUCAAAGAGGCUUUCACUCUCAUAGACCAGAACAGAGAUGGAUUCAUCGAUAAAGAAGACCUGAAGGACACGUACGCCUCUCUGGGCAAAGUGAACGUGAAGGACCAGGAAGUGGAGGAGAUGCUGAAAGAAGCGAGCGGUCCCAUCAACUUCACCAUGUUCCUCACUCUGUUUGGAGCCAAGCUUCACGGCACCGACCCAGAAGAGACUAUUCUGAGCGCCUUCAAAAUGUUCGACGCCGACGCCAAAGGCUUCAUCCACAAAGACGACUUACAGAAACUCUUGACAACACAAGCUGACAAGUUCUCACAGGACGAGGUCAAGCAAAUGUUUCAGUCGUCCAACAUCGACUCGUCAGGGAACUUGGACUACAAGUCUUUGUGUUACAUCAUCACUCAUGGCGAGGAGCGUGAAGAAUGAAGGAAAAACCAAGACAGCACCUUAUUUAUCCUUUUAUUUUCUUCUUGUUGCUAGGCAGAAUACCAGAUGAAAGAUGUCUGCUUCCUGUUGCUAGGUAAAAUACAAAAAAAAUGGCAUGUCUUCUUCUUUGAAUAGAAAAUAAAAAAAUAUCUGCCCUGUU